CCAAAAACACCUAGAAAGCGUCAGUCCAAGGCCGCAAUUCCGGCAAAUGACGCGCUUCCCACAAACUCUCAGAGUAAUGUUGCAGGUCCCAAAAAACGUGGACGUUCUAAAGCCGCCGCUUCAACGACCUUACAAUCGCAGUCCAAUCAACCUUCUGAUCUUUCUCAACUGCAAAAUGAAGUUAUAAAAGAAAUAGAUCGAGACAGCCCGGAAAUCUUAUCUGACGACAAUGAAAUCGAAGAUGCAGCCAUUUUUCUUGGCAAGCCUCCAAACAGGCGAAUUGGAACUAUUCAUCCUGAUUCUUUUUUGCCUCCAGGACGCUUACAAUCACUGGAUUCGUUACAAACAAAGCCAAUCGGGCGACUCUCUUCUAUAAGAACUGUUCCGGAUUAUGAUUUUCAUAUUGUAAAGGAAGAAGAUAAUGUUGAUACAAUCUCUAAUGCUCCAUCUAACGCUGUUACGAUGAGGGGCAACCAAAGAACUACGUUCACACCAAACAGUCCAGUCAGGCGCAAAAAGCCUACUUUACCAUAUAUCGAUGAAUCUUCUUAUGCCAACCUAAAUGAUGCGAAAUCAAAUAUUCCAAACUUACUGGAAAGAGGUCCUCGUCCAAGACGAGACUUAAACAUGGUUGCGUCUGGUCCUUUUGCCUUUGGACCUGCUGAAUCCGAUAUGGGCGGUUACGAUGAUUAUGAGGACUAUGGAGAAAUUGGUAACAUGAAAGUUAUUUCAGAUAAUAAACUGAAAUCAGAAGUCGAGAACGCUCAACAUCUAGCAAAUGGCUUUGAUAAUGAUGACCUAUGGGCACCCAUAGCCGUUUUUGGAGAAAAAGAAGAGGAAUAUCAAGAGAUACUUGAAGACAUUAAAUUAAAAGUUUUACCUGAACUAGAUUU